AUGGCUAAUAACAUGGACUGCUUGGGGGAAUUGAUCCGCAAGGCAGGGGAUAAGUACUCAGAUCUUAUCAUUAUAUUCCAAGGAGAUGGUACUGCUUGUGAGAUACUGCUCGAAUCUGAUGUGGCUGAUCUCGAUGUCUUUCAAAGAAUGAUUCGAUUUUUCCAUCACCGCUCUCUUGAUGAUGAACAUGACCUCGUCACUCUUACCAAACUUUACAUUGUGGGGGGGAAAUGGAAUAUUCCUUUCCUCAAGGAGAACGCUGCCUCCAAGGUUGGAGUCUUUCUGGACAAAUGUUCACGGCGCGGUUGUUCUCCUACUGAUGCAGUCUUCAAAAUGCUGAAGCUCGCUUAUGCAUGUCUUCCAGAGUUGGAUACUGAUCUCAAACAUGUCAUCUUGCAUCACGUUCUCAAGCAUGAAUGUUUGGAGCCCUUGAUGAACGGUCGUGACUUCAGAGCUUUUGUUAUACGGAAUGGAAUCAUGGCAAUGGACCUCUUGAAAGCCCAACUGCAGACUCACAGAAUGGCUCUCUAUAUUGAGCAAAGGUCCAAAGAUCAAUAA